AGUCAUAAAUAGCGGUCAAUAACUCGGGAGCGCAACCAGAGCUCUAGCUAAGCUAGACUCGUCGUCAGACACCCCGGCCACUCACUCGUCAAGUUUAUUCACACGCGGAGUCCACGUGUCAUCGUUUGAAUGAGGCGGCGGUAGUCCUCACUGACUAGCUUCCUGUGUCCUCGGUGUACUUAACCAGAACCCAUCUGAGAGAUAGAAAGUCCCAAAGUUUGUAACCAACCGCCUCAUAUUUUAAAAACUUUUUUUUUUUUGGCAUCAUAGCAAAGGCAGAAGAAGAAGAAGAGAAAUAGAAGCACCUGCUGUAGUUUCCCCCUCUCUUACUUUUUUCUCUUUCUUUUGUGUUGACCGAAAAGACCACCACCAAACGACGUCGUCCGACGAUUCCUUUCUUUCUUGCCCAAACUCUUUUCUUCUUUCCUUCUCAAAAUUCCAUUUCUGUCCCUAAACGGAACAUAUAUAACUGCUCGGUUCUCAAUCCCGCAAACUUCGCCUUUUUUCUUUUGGGUUUAAUUUUUUUAAAAAAAUGGAGUAAUGGUAAAGGAUUCUUUCUAGAACCGCCGUCAGUAUCACCGGAAUCUCUAUUGCCGGCGAAGUUAGAUGUACUCGAUUGGGCGGUUUUUGAUUUUAUGCCUAUCCAUAUAAUUCUACAUGCAUCCUUUUUGUUGUGUCUCUACCGUCUCUGACCACUCUCCGGGUAAACCUUCGUCUCAGUUCGCUGAACUCUCUAUGUCUCCGGUGACUUCGCUCGCCGCUAGAUCCGAUUCGGCCGGAAGAGUGGCUAGCCAUAUCAACAAUCAUCAUCACCAAUCGUACAGUCACAAUCAGAGUCAGAAUCACAAUCACAAUCAUAGUAGUAGUAACAGCCUUGGUAAUAGCGACUACGGCCGGCUGAGCCAAAGAACGACCGCGGCUGCUGCAGCUGUGGCGGCGGCGGAGGCCCUAGCUCGACCUCCGUCGAUGAGGGAACAACCAGUCGAUGUGAAGAUCAACGAUCUCGUUGGAAAUGGAGUUUCUGGUAUACUGUAUAAGUGGGUGAAUUACGGUAAAGGUUGGCGACCUCGGUGGUUCGUGUUGCAAGAUGGAGUCCUUUCGUAUUAUAAGAUUCAUGGACCUGAUAGGAUCAUUGUUACCCCAGAGACGGAGAAAGGAUCCAAGGUUAUCGGCGAAGAAUCUUUGAGAAGGAUUUCUCGUCAGAGGAAUUCCAAUUCUCUCCAGAACCGCCGGAAACCAUUCGGCGAAGUCCAUCUCAAGGUUUCGAGCAUCCGUGAAAGUAGAUCUGACGAUAAGAGAUUUUCAAUCUUUACUGGCACUAAGAGGCUGCAUUUGAGGGCGGAGACGCGGGAAGAUCGUGUGGCUUGGAUGGAAGCAUUACAAGCUGUGAAAGACAUGUUUCCGAGACUGUCGAAUAGCGAGCUAAUGGCUCCCAUUGACAAUGUGGCUGUUUCAACAGAGAAGUUGAGACAGCUGCUUACGGAUGAGGGCGUUAGUGAAUCAAUCAUUCAGGAAAGCGAGCAUAUAAUGAAGAGUGAGUUUGCUGCUCUACAGAACCAGCUUCUUCUGCUCAAGCAGAAACAAUGGCUCCUCUUCGACACUCUGAGACAGCUAGAGACAGAAAAGGUUGAUUUAGAGAAUACAGUUGUUGAUGAGAGUCAAAGACAGUGGAAGGAUUGUGGGGUUUCUUCUAGGUCGAGGCAGGAUAAAUUUAGUGAAGGAAGUGGAAGUGAGUCUGAUGAUGAUAAUGAAAGAGUUGAUGCCGCAGAGGAAGAAACAGAUGAUGAAGAUAAUACAUUUUUUGAUACUCGCGAUUUUCUGUCGUCAAGUUCUUUCAAAAGUAAUGCCUCAGAUUAUAGGAUAUCAUCGUUUUCUUCUGAUGAUGAUGGCUUUUAUGCUGUUGAGUCUGAAGAUGACAUUGAUCCAGCCAUUAGGUAUGUUGGGACUAGCUAUCCCCGUGUUAAGCGGCGUAAGAAAUUGCCAGAUCCCAUUGAAAAAGAGAAGGGUGUUAGUCUUUGGUCGAUGAUUAAGGAUAACAUUGGAAAGGACCUCACUAAAAUUUGUCUUCCUGUAUAUUUUAACGAACCUCUUUCCUCUCUACAAAAAUGUUUUGAAGAUUUGGAGUAUUCUUAUCUCAUUGACCGUGCUUAUGAGUGGGGAAAAAGGGGUAAUAGCCUCAUGAGAAUUCUUAAUGUAGCUGCUUUCGCAGUAUCUGGAUAUGCUUCAACUGAAGGAAGAAUUUGCAAACCAUUUAAUCCAUUAUUAGGGGAGACAUAUGAAGCUGACUAUCCAGACAAAGGCCUUCGAUUUUUCUCUGAGAAGGUCAGUCACCAUCCAAUGGUUGUUGCUUGUCAUUGUGAGGGUACAGGAUGGAAAUUUUGGGGGGAUAGCAAUUUGAAAAGCAAAUUCUGGGGUCGGUCAAUUCAGCUUGAUCCUGUUGGGAUUUUAACCGUGCAAUUUGAAGAUGGGGAAGUUUUUAAGUGGAGUAAGGUUACAACAUCAAUUUACAACCUCAUAUUGGGAAAGUUGUAUUGUGAUCAUUAUGGUACAAUGCGUAUAGAAGGAACUCAUGGUUAUUCAUGCAAGCUAAAGUUUAAGGAGCAGUCGAUUAUUGAGCGAAAUCCUCACCAGGUACAAGGUGUUGUCCAAGAUAAGAAUGGAAAGACAGUGGCAACACUAUUUGGAAAAUGGGAUGAGAGCAUGCAUUAUGUCAUUGGCGACUGUUCUGGAAAGGGAAAAGGAUUUGAGUCAUUGUCUGAAGCACAUCUUCUCUGGAAGAGGAGCAAGCUGCCCAAGUAUCCGACAAGAUAUAAUUUGACGCGUUUUGCCAUCACUCUGAAUGAACUUACCCCUGGAUUGAAGGAAAAGUUGCCUCCAACUGAUUCAAGGCUCAGACCCGAUCAAAGGUAUCUAGAAAAUGGAGAGUACGAAAUGGCUAAUUCAGAGAAGUUACGACUUGAGCAGAGACAGCGGCAGGCUCGGAAGAUGCAAGAGAGUGGUUGGAAACCACAGUGGUUUGCUAAGGAUAAAGGAAGUGAUUCUUAUCAGUAUGCUGGUGGAUACUGGGAGGCAAGAGAAAAGGGAAAUUGGGAUUCAUGCCCUGAUAUAUUUGGUCAAUUUCAUUCUGAUCAAAUCGUUGAAUAAGCUCAUUGCAUUCUUCUGGCUUUCACCAAUUCUUUUCUGUUUUUUUUUCCUCGCCAGCUUGGCUCUGUUUCAAGGAGUUGGGAUGUAAAUUAGAUGGUAGACUUCUGUAGCUAAUAAUGAUAAAUAUGAAAAGAAAAAGGAGAAGAAAAGAAAAAGUCUAUCGAUCUCAAGUUCCAUUCAUUACAUAAUAUGGUUAAUGAUCUUAGUGGUGGAUGGAGUGAACCGGUGCGUCAAGAGUGAGGUUCUUCCAAGAAUUAUAAAAUAGUAAGUAAAUUUGAGAAAGUGAAUAUUCUUAACAGAGUAAAGCAUUGGUGGUGGCCGCCCCAAGUUGAUGAUUCUUUUGUGGUUUGCGUGGCACAUAGUACAUAUUGGAGAGAGGAAACCAAGCCCAAUUUCUGGCUUAAGAAAUGUUGAGGUCUAGAUUUUGACCUCUUUUCUAACCUCUACUGCCUAUCUGAGCUUUUUAAGUGAGCACUAACAAGUCUCCUAAUUUGUGAUUGAGGUAUAAUAAUAAAAUGUUCUAUUCAUAUUCUACCUCCAUCUUGGGUCUCGCAACAUCUACCUAUUGUUUGUUGCAAUUUGUGAUUUGUCUCCAUAAUUUAGCCUAUAAUUUAUGUGUACUUUUGUUUUUUUGUUAUUAUUAAUGGAGUUAUAAAGAGUUAAAUCUUAUCAAAAAGAUGUAUACAA